AUGACAAACUGCACUGAGGAUACAGAAGAUGGGAGUGAAGAGCGGAAUCCAGGUGAUGAAGUGCGACAUGUGAUUGAUUUGGAUGUGUCAAGCUUCAAACGGCUUAAAGAUGAACUUAAGGCAUUGAGAAUGCAGUUGUCAAAGAGAAAAGGUUUGAAACUUUCGAAGGAAAGGUUGAACCUUUCAACUAAUGAGUAUGGAUACGGGGAUGGACAUGAUGGUCAAGAAUUAAAUGGUUUUGAUCAUAGCAAGAGAUUGAAUUUUGUAAUCAAUGGAUCUUGUCAGUUAGUGCUGACAGGAUUGGCUUUAGAGUAUAGUCUCACUUGCUUCACACUUGGCUGUGUAUCAACAGACUAUCAUUUGUCAAUGGAUGAUUCAGAUGGAGAUGAUGAUUCAAGAGCUUGCUUUCCAUGCCCCUUCUGUUAUGUGGAGAUUGAAGUUCAUGUCCUUUGUAGCCAUCUGCAGGACGAACACUGCUUUGAUUUGAAAAAUGCAGUUUGUCCCCUUUGUGCAGCAAAUCUAGGGAAAGAUGCAAUAGGACAUUUCAUAGUGCAGCAUGCAAGUUUGUUAAAGCUCAAAAGAAAACAUAAAAAAUCUGGCCUUAGGACUGGUAGUUCAGCGAUGCUUGGCAAGGAUCUGAGCUCAUUUCUUGGAUCCCCAACCAAUAGUAGGAUUAACACACAUGAAUCUGCUCCCGAUCCGCUCCUUUCACCAUUUUUUGGCAAUCUAUCCCUUUCACAUCCUAAACGAAGCCAGCCUGAUGAACCUUCCAAUAAAAGUGCCUCCGUCACUUCUCAUUCAAAAAGCUAUGGGAUGUCUUCGUUUAAUGGAGUCGGUCAGGUGGACUGCGAAGAGCAGAGACAGAAAGCAAGAUUCGUUCAACAGUUGAUUGCAUCAACAAUCUUCUAA